UUGUUGUCGUGUAGUUGAUAGGUAAAUAUUUCUGGCUAUGGCUGUUUUAAUAUUACACACUAUCAAGAGUACUUCUCUGCCGGAGCAGACGAAGAUCGCCGAUUAGAGAAAGCGGCGCCUUUUGUUGGGGGAGAUGGAUGAACAUAUCGGGAACUCGAAUAAGAUUAUUACUGGCAGCUUUUAUGAUAACAAAUAUAAAAUGAUCCAAGCCAAAGUUGCUGAUUUGAACAAGAAAAGGAAGUUGGAAAGUGAGCAGUUGUUCUUCCCCUUGUCAAAGCAAAAGUUUGGGUACCGAAGCUUUAGUUUUGAACAUGAACAACCAUUAAUAGAAAAAUCAGAUGAAAAUGACGUAAUCCACAGUCAGACGAACAAUGGAAAAAGAGUAGUGGAGCUUGCUGAUGAAAGUAGCUUUGUUGGAGGAUCCGAUUCUACCAUGUCCUGGAAUGCGGAAAAUGAGAACAUGCUUGAAGCUGAGGAUUCUGCCCAAUCCAUCAUAUCAUCAAGUAGUUGUAGCAGCAAGAGUCUCAAGGACACCCUCCAUUCCUUGCGCAGAAGAAUCGUUACGGAACCGACUAUUGGCAAAGUGGACCAGGUGGUUGUUGCUGGGAUCGAGGAACCUAAUCAUCCCAACAUUAAGGAUCAAUUGCAGUUCGGACCAGGAGCUCAGUUCCCAGUAGACCAGCUCCAACAAUUUGAAGAACAUGCCACUCGCAUGUGUGUGCCAUAUCAAGUUGAUGAUGACCUUGAGAACUGUUUUGAUGAGGAACUUUCAGACAUCUUACUAUACUCCAAUGGACCAUCAGAAACAGAUAGGUUCGUGCUCUCAUCCGGAAGAUGGAGUAUAGACAAAGAGGCACAACAAGGGCCUAGGCGACCAACCAUUGAUCAGGAAUUUGAACAGUACUUCUCAUCGUUAAUGCUUUAGUAGCUAUAAAAUGUAAUUGCACCACCGAGUGUCAGAAGUACAUAUUGCUAAACUACUAAUAUUUUGAUCAUAUAUUCAACUUAUACA